ACACACCACCCUUGGUCUCUGGAGCUAUAAAUGCCUGGCAGGCACCAGCAGGCAUUCAGUAUCUCUCACUCACAGGCAGGAAUGACGCAGAGCUGGACUGCCGCAGCAGCCGAGGGGCACCUCAUUUUCUUCCGAGAGUCGCUCCUCAGUAGGGCGGCGUUGCCACAACCACAACCACCUCCAAAGCUGGCGGCAAAACCAACAAUUUCCUUCAGCAUCGAUGCCAUCCUCUCCACAGAUUACCGGGAACCAACGACGCAGCGCCCUCAUUACGCACAAACAGUGGCUAUGAAAAACGCGCACAGCCCGCUGCUUCUGCCUCACCUCCUACCUGUCAGCGCUCCGUAUCGGCAAGAUCCUCACCGACUCAACCCAUACAAGCAACAGCACUACUACAGCAAUGAAACAGACUUCAACGGUAGCAAUGGCUAUCCCAACUACCUGAUGUGUCGCGGAGCUUGGAAAACGUGCCGGCGGAUUCGCACCAUCUUCACCACAGAGCAGCUGAGGAAAUUGGAGGAGGUGUUCAGCAAGCAACGCUACAUGACCGGCACUGAGAAGGUGCUGCUCGCCUCUGCACUCCGCCUCACCGAGACCCAAAUUAAAGUCUGGUUCCAAAACAGAAGAACGAAAUGGAGAAGGUGCGAAGAAGACAAAGCACAACAGCCCAUGUGUCUGACAGAGGAUGGGUCGAUGGACAAGCAAUGACUCGCUGUAGUCUCUGGGACUUCUGAAGUUGCACUAUUGAACAUUUUCACUUCUUUUGACAAUAUAUUUUUGACUGUUUUAUUUCUUGUUAUAUUUGGAGAAUGGCACUACU